GCUUUUCUACGCACAGACAAGCCUACGCACAGCACCUUCAUAAAUGAUCCAGGGCAGGCUAGAUGCUAAAGUAGCCCCAGCGUUAGCUUUGAACAUCGUAUAACCACAAAAGACGCGUUAUCCCUGAAGUGAACUGUUCAAGACCGGCGGUCUACACGUCCAAGGGGAAGUGCCAUUGGCCUGCGACAGCGUAGUGUUCAGCAACAAACUUUGCUAUGGGCAAAAAGUCACGCGAAGAGGACUCCUCAUCCUCUGAUGAGGAAGAAUAUGUGGUGGAGAAGGUGCUGGACAGGAGGGUGGUGAAAGGCAGGGUUGAGUUCUUCCUGAAGUGGAAAGGAUAUUCAGAAAAGCACAACACCUGGGAGCCAGAGAAAAAUCUGGACUGUCCUGAGCUUAUUUCAGAAUUCAUGAAGACGUACAAGAAAAGCAGCAGCAGCAGCAGUGGUGGAAGCUCCACUCCUAGCAGUGGGGGCAGCAAAUCAGUCACAUCCUCCUUGGCACGCUCCAAAGACUCGAGUAGCUUGAAGAAGAGAAGCUCUGAUGACGAUGAGGAGGGUGGAAGUAAGCCCAAGAAGAAGAAGGAGGAUGACAUUCUAGUUGCACGUGGCUUUGAGAGAGGACUUGAGCCAGAGAAGAUCAUUGGAGCAACUGACUCGUGUGGAGACCUAAUGUUUCUUAUGAAGUGGAAAGACUCUGAUGAGGCUGAUCUCGUGCUUGCCAAGGAGGCCAAUCAUAAGUGCCCACAAAUUGUCAUAGCAUUCUACGAGGAACGUCUCACCUGGCAUGAAGACAGCGACAAGAAGGAGAAGGACGUGGUCAGUGCAUGAGUGCAUCACCUCUGGAGGAAACCGUACCACCUCCACUGCAGGGACAACCUUGAGUCAGACAUUUUUCACACCCAAACCUCCCAUCCUUGCUCUUCACCAUGUCCAACAAAGACAGCGAACACAGUCGUGUUAUCUCCACCCAUGCCCCACUGGAGGACAGGGGAAGCUGUAGCGGACAUGGGUGACAUGCUACUGGGGAGGUUUUCUGCUGUUCUGUCUUUGUAUUUUCUUUGUAUUCUUUUACCUUCUUUUUAAUGUCUUUAACACAUGUUUUAGUGCUUACAAGUUACAGUUGUGUCAGUAAGGUAUGUUUCAUCUAUGAGCACAUGGCCAUCUGUUAAAACUCAGAACAGUCUUGAGAGCUUGGUUCAAGCGGUGCUACCUAUGAGCUUGCCCCAUGGCAGGUGCACAACCCCCAUCAUCAAGUCUUUACAGGCAGUGUACCUCUUUGCUUUAAGAACCCACUAACACCACUGAGGAUAAAACCGCAGUAUCAAUAUUCAGGAAGCAACCACCGCAGCACUUUCCUGACUGCAUAAUCGCUUCCUUUUUAAAACGAAUAAACAAAAAAAAACUAUCUCUUGUAGAUUUUUCAGUUUGUCCUCUCUACCAGGAUAUGACUGCUCAAUUUGCAAAUGUGCAGAUGACGCCGGCCAAUUAUCUCUUAAUAAUGUAGUGAUGAUAUCCUUGUGAGUUGUUUUUUUUUUUUUUUUUUAUCUCUUUCCAAGUUUAACAUGUAAACGUGUGGUUUUUAAUUUCUUUGUUAUCACCAGUAAAUGGACAGCAAAAAAAAUGUUGUGCUGUUUUCAACCAGUUUUUUGUUUUUAAACUGCAGUGUUAUUUGGACCAGUCUCAUGUUCACACAUUGGACAAUCUUCACUGUAUCCACAUGGAAUGAAACCAGCACUCAUCACCAAUCUUUGGGGUCUGCCACCUUGUGGUUAAAUAUUGAAAGUCUCUUGACCAUUUGACCAUAUCUGACAACCCUGCAGUUUUAAUGGUGUAUUUGAUUUUGUUGGUGAUUUAUCAUAGAUUUUCUUUUCUUUUUUCUUUUUACAGUGAAAAUUGGAGAAAUUCACUCCGCAAUUAGCUAGUAGUAUUUUAUCAUUGGAAUCGUUGAUUUGAAACAUUAAAAAAAACAGUUUCUGAUUAGAUUAUGCAUAUCCUGGCUUUUAUUGUGGUGACUAAUUUUAUUUUCAUCAAGUAUUUACAUUUUUUCAGAUGGAAGAAGUUGCUACAUGACAAUAGGUCAUUCUUAUACAAAAGAUGGAUGCUGGUUUUAUAGUUUGAAAUGCUGUGCUCCAAGAUGAACUCUUAGGACCAAAUGUUUAGUGUCUACAGACUGAGAUGUUUUUUUUUUUUUUUUUUGGCUUUAAUCAGCCUUCUAAAGGAAGGCUGUGACCUUCUCCCUUUCAUGCAUACAGUAAAUGUAUCAUGUCCCUUAUCACUAAGAUUAUGGUUUUGGGGUAAUUUCCUUUUUUUAUUAAAUAUAUUUUGUCCUUUCACACCCUUGAGCUUUGUCCUCAGUUUUUGCUGGUGCCGAAUUUUUAAAAGGUAGACUAUUUCUUGUGUCGACUAAAUGUUACAAAUAUGUGUACAGUAGCCCCCUUUAAUAAACAUUUUCAAUGUUAAA